AUGUCGUGCCGUACGAACGUCAGCGGCGUUAGGUGUUUUCGGUAUCCAAGUGGUGGGCGGUACGAGGGAAAAUGGCUGAACAAUCGCCAUCACAACUAUGGAGUUAAGACGAGCAAACGGGGUCUGAUCUAUGAGGGUGAAUGGCGCAACGGUGAGCGACAUGGUUACGGCACGCUGCGACGACUGUGUCCAGACGGCAGGGCACAACGCAUCUAUGUGGGGCAAUGGCAGCAAAAUGAGCGGUGGGGCGAGGGUAAGCAGUUCUACAACGAUGGAUCUGUUUAUUUCGGUCGGUGGCGGCAGAAUAUGCGCCAUGGUUUAGGAAUAAAAUGGUAUGCAGAUGGCCGCAUCUAUGUUGGCCAAUGGGCGCAGGACAAAAUGCAUGGCCUGGGAGUGCUCUACAAUGUCAAUGGCAAUCGCUAUGAGGGCGUCUUUGAGCACGGCGAGAAAUCCGGCGAGGGCACAUACUAUCAUUAUCUGGGACGGGAGACAUGUGUCCAGCGUGGGAUUUGGACUCACAACUGUUGCACAAAUUCAUUUAUUGACGUUACUGUGAAGCAGGAGAGGAAUUUAUUUCAGGAACAUGCCACACAAAAUCACGAUGAAGUCUGCUUGUGA